CUUGCCAGCAAAAAGUCCAUUCAUUCAGGAGCUAGUAAAGUGAAACGUUGCGAUUUUUACUAAUAACCGUUACUGAGUUUGUGAUUUUAUAAAAUGGAAGAGAUUAAAAACAUGAAACUGCCUAAAGCGUUACUUGAAGAGCUUCGCAAAGCGGAAGAGCGCUCGGCCAUUUCUUGGGAGUCCAGCAACGAAGGCGUCCACGAGAGGGUCAACUUCGAUGACACGAUCUGGGGUCUCAGUUUAGCUGGUGGCUCGUUUUACAACACCCCUCUUAGAGUUACACAGGUAAAAGAAGGUAGCCGAGCGGAGUACGCAGGCAUCAAAGUCGGCGACUACCUGACAAGUAUCAAUGACAUCAACUCCACAACGCUUACGAUACAGGAGGCCCAUGAUUUGAUCCUUGAGUCCGGUCUGCAGAUUAAGUUUGCUUUCUCUGCACCAGAUGUUGAAGAAACGGUUCACACGGUUUAUCAAGAUGUUUUUGAAGAGGAAGAAGAGGAAAAACGGCGCUUGAGUGAGGUGAAAACAUCGACCAAACAAGUUGUGUUUAAAGGCGCCAAAACGAACGAUGCGUGGAGUUUGGCGUGGCCGUGCAGCAAAAAACGUGAUAUAAUCUACCGAGAAUCGAACUGUUUUCUCGUCCCGAGCCGCUACCUGGCGAAAUUGGCGAAGCACUCGAACAGAAUUUUAAUGGAAAGCACCGGAAUGGGAAAGGAAAACAAACCGGAGAUAGCUCCGACCGUGGAAGUUGAUAACUGAAUAAACGAUUUUAAACAUAA